AUGACAAGAGGAUGUCGAUUGUUGAUAGCACAAGCUGUAAAGUCGAUGAAAGUUUUUUUUGCUAUUAUUGGCGUUUGCUUCAAGUCAAGUCACCCGAGCAAGUCAAGUAAAAUCACGCAAGUCGGUUUGUCAAGUCAAAUUAUGCCAAGUCAAGUAAAAGCACUGUUGGCAAUUGGCAAUCUACAUCCAAUGUGA